AAAGUACCCCCAGCUAACCACAGAGGUCACAGUAAGACACAGAUAUGUGUGGCCCAUGCCAUCCGUAAUUUGUGAGCAGGACAGAGACCUAAAGGGUGACCUGUGUGUACUUUCAGCAAAACCAAAGGGUGAGGGAGGAACUCUUGGACAAUAUUCCUGCCCCUUUCAAGAAGAAGUUAAUGAGAUGUUAAGCACUAAUUAAAGUGGCAUCUUUGAGAGCAGAUAUACUUUUCCCCUGUCUAAGCAAUCUGGCUUUUUAUCACUUCCCAGCACCUGCUAGCUUAGGAGCAUGACACUUCAGAGAUUAUUCUGAGCAAGCGUCAGGAGACACAGGCAGACACACACCCGAAUAUAGAAUGACAGAGAUGGCCAUGGUUUAAAUGACACUACCCCUGCUCUUUGAGAGGACAGAUGGGUCUCACUUGGGGUGCCACCCAGGCAACUUCCCCUAGAAAAUUAUGAGCAGCAUGGAAUAUAUGGGGGCCCAUUUAGCUUUUAAAUCGCGCUGGCACAAAACAGACGGGGAGCUGUGUCGGCACAGCAUGUCCUUUAUCCUGCACAAGGCAAUUCGAAAUGAUUUUUUCCAGAGCUAUCUUUACUUGCUGGAGAAGCUGCCUCUGGUAAAACUUUAUGCUCUGACAAGUGAAGUCAUCAAUGGAGAAAUUCAAUUCUAUGCCAGAGCCAAACAUUUCUACAGGGAGGUGCCAGCGUCAGAAGAGGGUAUGAUGGGAGAUUUCAUUGAGUUGUCCAGCACAGAUAUCGAGUCCUCCAGGGAAUUCCUUAGGAAUUUUGUAGGGGGGCCUGGUAAAGCUGGCACUGACUUCGCUCUUGACUGUGGCUCAGGGAUUGGUAGAGUCAGCAAAAAUGUCCUCCUUCCCCUUUUCAAGCAUGUGGAGCUAGUGGACAUGAUGGAGAAUUUUCUGGCAGAAGCUCAGAACUACUUGCAGGAUCAGGGAGAACGCGUUGACAUGUACUAUUGCUGCAGCCUCCAGGAAUUCACACCAACACCCAGAAAAUACGAUGUUAUCUGGAUGCAGUGGGUUUCAGGAAAUCUGACAGAUAAGGACUUAUUAGGUUUUCUUAUCCGCUGCCAGAAUGGCUUGAAGGACAAUGGCAUUAUUAUCCUCAAGGAUAACGUGGCCCGGGAGGGCUGUGUCCUGGAUCCACUGGAUAGCAGUAUAAUCCGCGAUCUGAACAUCCUCAGGAGCCUUAUUGAAAAGAGUGGACUCACUAUCCUGAGACAGGAAAGACAAGAAGGCUUUCCUGAGCAGUGUGUACCAAUUUGGAUGAUAGCCAUGCAGAAGAACCCCACCCAUACCAGAAAUGGUAUGUUGUAAGGCCCCUGAAGAAGGGCUGGAACUCAAGGACUGGGAAUCAAGAGAAAAGAAAGACAACCAGAAAUGGCACAGUCUAAGCCCCACUGAUAGUCCACUUCCCUCACUGUUGAUGUGACAAUGAAAACCUGUCUUAAAAAUGAUCAUGAAGGCAAAUCACAAAAUCAAAGUUAUUAUGAUUUUCAAGUCAGUCAGCUAUGCCUCCACUGCAAAGCAUUUCUUUAGGUAUGGUCUUUCUCUUUCAUGAAUAGGACAUAUUUAAGGUAAAACCUGCAAACACAACUCAGUUCUAACAAUAUUUACUUGGGGAGUAAUUCUAAUGGAUUUCAGCAGAAUGUACAUUCAGUUGAACUUAUUUUCAGUAAAUGUAUACUUCCAACAUGAAGGUCAAGUUUUAUUGGGCAUGCAUGCACAGGUCAUGUGACUGCUGCAGCUUUCCACCAAGCUUGCAAGUGUUGAAUUGCAACCCCCAUGUUGACAUGCAACAAAAUUGCAUGAACUUCAGUCCAGGUCAGUCAGACUCAGAGGGGCUUUACCUGAAUGGAAAUUUAUUGAGAUGCUAAUAGAAGAGGAGGUGCUUCUCAAAAACAAGUCUCCCCUCUCCUUGUUCUAGAUAGAAAGCUCCAGUGCCUUUUACAAAACAUAGUAAAUAAGGCAGGGGCAUAAUUAUAAUAGGGCAAGGGGAGACAGUUGUCUGGGGGCCCACUGCCUUGGGGGGGGGAGGCCCCAGAGGCAGGUCACAUGACUGACUCCCCCAGUUGUGCACCCGCCUGGGCUUCCUUCAGUUGUUUUCAUCCGCCGAAAUUGAUGUGAGUGUUAAGACCUGGAGCUACCAGAACAGCAUGUCUUUCUCUAGUACCAUUAAAUGUCUUGCAUCGUCCACAAUUUACAAAACCUUUUAAAACACAGGUUUAUAUAGAAAUAUAGAAAUAUAUUUUGCUUUUUGUUACCACUAUUAAGCCUCAUUUAAGAUUUCUUUACUUCAUGAGCUGAGCUGGGGGGGGGCAUUUUAAAAUCUUGUCUCUGGGCCCACUCCAACCUUGCUAUGCCCCUGAAAUAAGGGGUACAUGCCCCACUGCCUGGGUCCUAUUUUACAGCCUUCCCCUUCCCACUACAGCCUUCCCCUCCCCAGGAACACAAGUAAAAAAUAAAAUUAAAAAUGGCAAAGCAAAGUAAAUAAAUGUCUUAUCAAUCAGGGUUUUUGUUGCUGCUGCUGCCUGUAUAAUAGCUGCCUGUGCUGUUCAUAUUUUCUGUUCAGAGCAGUGUACUGACUUAGAGUCAAACAGGAAGCCUAAACACACACUAACAGCACAAUCUUGUUUACUUGGAAGUAAAUCCAUUGCAAUUAAAGGUGUUUACUUCCAAGUAAGUGUGUAUGGGAUUGCAGCCUAACACUGCAGACCUAUACACAUUUAUCUGGGAGUCCCAUUAGACUCAAGACACACUUUUGAGUAGAAUAUUGUGUUGGAACUCAGCCAAGGGAGGGGUUUGUUGUAAACCACCCACAGUUGUUACACACACACACACACACGGGAGGACUAGGCCCCUGCAGCCUAGUUCUCCCUCAGUAGAGUUAGGUAGCAGGCCUGUUCAAAUAUUUGGCUUCCAUUCCAACACCCAAAGCCGAAUAAUCUACACUGUUCCCAGUGUCAGUGGAGCCAGUUAAAAAGACAGGACCGUGCUGAGUCCCAGCAAUGUCACGCAGGGAGCACUGGGUAGUGAAGUCCUUUCCAGCACUUUCCCUGGCCAUCAAGUGAGGAAGAACAUGUGUGUGUACUUCCCACCGGAGGCAUUGUUCCACCCUGCAUAGUCACAUAGGGAGGCAGAACAUCUAAACCAUUCCUAAACCUGCAAUUAAAUUUUACUAGUAUUUAAAUUAUGUGUUUAGGGCAAUUUGGAUAUUUUGCCCCCACAACAUGUCUUAUGUGCAGACAGAACAGCACACUAGGUGGAAGGGGGACAUGCAUACACAUGCUCCUCCUCAUGCGAUGGGAGCUGGAAUAAUUUGAACUGAUCCAACCUCUCAUUUCCAUGGUAGCUAACUGUAAUUUAAUUUAAUUUUAAUUUAAUUUAAUUUUAAUUUAACAUUUAUAUCCCACUCUUCCUCCAAGGAGCCCAGAGCAGUGUACUACAUACUUAAGUUUCUCCUCACAACAACCCUAUGAAGUAGUUUAGGCUGAGAGAGAAGUGACUGGCCAAGAGUCACCCAGCAAGUAUCAUGGCUGAAUGGGGAUUUGAACUCGGGUCUCCCUGGUCCUAGUCCAGCACUCUAACCACUACACCACGCUGGCUCUGUUCUCGUCAUUCUGUCACUCACCCUGGUUUCACUCCCUAUCUAAGAUUCACUACAAAUUGUGCAGUGGGGAAAUGACAUGAUUAGCAAGCCAGAGGCUGCCAGUUCGCAUCCCUGCUGGUAUGUUUCCCAGACUAUGGGAAACACCUAUAUCAGGCAGCAGUGAUAUAGGAAGAUGCUGAAAGGCAUCAUCUCAUACUGCACGGUAAACCCCUUCUGUAUUCUACCAAAAGGAAACCAUAGGUUGUCUUUGGUAGAAUCUGUGUCACCAGGAGUCAACACCGACUCGACAGCACACUUUACCUUACAGUUGUUUUCAGUUCAGAGUUUUCCUCCCCAGCAGCUGUUUCACUCAUGAGAGAAAAUAUACAGCUGUUUCUUGUCCUGCUCUGUCCUGCUAACAGAGAUUCUCCAAAGAAUCUCUGUCAGCCAUUAACAAAGCGACCAGGGUAUUGUUGCUGCAGCACUCCUACGAAGUUAGAGACUUGGAGGUGAAUAAAUCAAGUGGUGACUGCAAUUAUCACUUCAAAACCUGGAUGUGCAAACCUGGUAGCAAAAUACCAGUUUUUGCUUCAUAUUAUUUAUUUAUUAUCAAUUAAUCGAUUAAUUAAACAUAUUUGUAUACCACCCAAAACUUACAUCUCUAUGACGUCAUAUCACCAAAUACCCCGAUUUGGGAGCCAAGCUGUAAGAUUAUUUAUUUAUUUAUUUAUUUGAACAUUUUUAUACCGCCCCAAACUUACAUCUCUGGAAUAAAAACAAAGUAAAACAUUCGUUAAGACAAAAAUGGUGGGGGGGGAUGGGACACACACACAUUACAAUAAUUUAAAAAAAUUAUAAGAUUAUAAGAUGUCACUUCUGUAAUAACUCACCACUUGGGAAAUUUAUUCUAGAUGUCUGAAAACAUGUCCUCUAGGGAUGUGCAUGAAGCAGAUGUUGCAUUCUGUUUUGAGCUUGAAAUGAAACGGCUGAAAUGUUCUGUUGAUGGAACAAACUAGAGUUUCAUCCAUAGGAAACAAUGGAUAAUUCAUAACACCCCAUUGUUUCCCAUGAGCAGCUCCUAGAGACACCAAAUUGGGUUGUGUGGUAGGACAUAAUGGCUACUACCUACCACCGAACCCACAAAAGAAAUGGGCAAGGGGGUGAUUUUUAACAUUUUUAUAACCUUUCCCCAAAACAGAGUGCACGCAUACAAGUUUGUAUUGCAAUUUGCAAUGCAUUUUGCAACCCUACCUUGAAAAAUACUGCAGAAGCAACUGGAAGCCAGUGCCAGAAAACCAAUCAUCAAAGGAAAAACAGACCUACAAAAUGGCGCUUGGAAUGUCGAAAUGGGGGUUGUGCUCUGAGCUCAAAACAGGCCCUUUGUUUAAAGGGUGAUCUGUUUUGAGCUCAAAACACUAGAAACCGCCCAUUCCAAGCUGAAACAUUUUGCCAGUGAAACAUUCUGCACAUCCCUAAUGUUCACAGAAGAAAUAUAUGCAAAGUAUUUGGAGUGAAAUGUCCUGUCAGGCCAUAAGUACAACAAGUAGCCCAGGCAGCAGAAGUGUGUGGAGUGCCUGAGUUCCAGUCCUAUAACUUUCCCCCACCUGUAUUUAUAUCCAGACCAGGAGUAGGGUUUUCAGAUUUUUAAGCCUACUUUCCUUAAGGAAAAUAAGUUUAUGAGAUCACCCAGCAUUCUGUAUGUCUGUGUCCCCCCGCCAAUUUUGCAGUGUCAGGAUCAAUAUGAACCAAAUUUGCUACAGCUGUAGUGACACAUAAAGACACCUCAAUGGCAUAGUUUGUGAUGAUGUCUUGCACCCCAGUUCAAGAUUGCUGAUGCAUGAAUGUUUGAGGCACAUGUGGGCUAACUUGUGACCCACCUGACCAAUUUGAACCAAAUUUGCUACAGGUGUAGGGACACAUGAGGAUGGCUCAAGGGCAUAGUUUGUAAUGAUGGCAUCCACCCUGAUUCAAGAUGGCGGAUGUGUGGACAUUUGAGGCACAAAUGGGCUAACGUGGAUUGCCUAACUGAUUUGAACCAAAUUUGGUACAGUUGGAGUGAGUAAGACAUAGGGACAACCCAACAGCAUACUUUGUGAUGCUGUCACCCACCACAAUUUGAGACGGUGGACAUGUGACUGUUUAAGGCUAAAGUGGGCUAACUUAUGAGGAUGGAAUUAUCAAUUAAGAUUAUAGUGAAAGGAAAGUAGGCAGAUCAGUUCUUACCAGAACAACUUGUUCUUCCAUAGAAUUGCAGAGACUUCUUUUGUCAUCAUUGAGCUAACUUGCCUUUAUGAAAUAACAAGAAGAGCAGAGACCCUCAUGCCUGCAUAGUUGGUUGGAAUUAACAUAAGUUCUACCAUUUUCCAGGCUUCCAGAGAAGCCAGGAGGACAGGAUCUCCUCCCUGACUAUUUAACCGCUAGCCAUUUCACCUGAGACUGCUGCAAAAUAAAGUUAACUCAUGUUAAUUAACAUGCAUAAUUUGUAUUUUUCUUGUAUGCUGCUUUGAGAGCUAUUUAGCUGACAAGUGAUUUAAAAUGAAAUAAAUAAAUAAACCAAUUAAGAUAUUAAUAUAAGAUGUUAAUUGGUUUACUUAUUUAAUGCAUUUAUUCGUACAAAAUACACAAAUUAAUUGUCUUCCCAUGACAAUUCCAACUACAUGUUAGGAACAUUGAAUCUCUCAUUUGUUGCUAGUGAAUACCACAGGCUAUUUUACAAGUGCAAGCAAUAUUUGCCAAUGAUUAGGGAAGCUUACAUUUUAUACAUGUUUCACUUAAAUCUUUAUUAAAGAAUAAUUGCAAUUAAAGUAGCUCUAGUCUGUCAGUGCUUGCAACUGAUAAGGAAAACUUAGUGUGAAAUGAAAAAGCAGUGGAAAGGAUGAUAAUUUUGAUCUGGGUCAGGGGGCCAUGCUGUGCUACUGUCAGAAGAAUGUGUUUAUUCAUUAUUUAUUUUAAUAAUUUAUAUUCUGCCCUUCAGGAUGACCACAAGCCAGCUAAGAAAGCAUUAAAUUAAUUCUUACACUUUGGGGGUUCUCAAGAUUGGGGGCUUUACUGUGGGAGGAAGUGUUGUAAGUGAGUAUAUGAAGUGUGUAAAAGCAGAAUGAGUCAGUACAGGCUGUACAAAUUGGUGCCAUUUAUAUGGUACAUUAUAUUUUUUUUCUCCCUUUGGUUCCUUCACACAGCAGGCCUCCCCUUAUCCAUCCUGACUAUUUCUGACCAAUAGGGUUGUAGAGGUUGGGGGGGGGGGCCUCCUUUCCAAUUUGUGCAUUCACCUGUGCCCAGGUAAUGAAGUGUGUGUGUGUGUGUGUGUGUGUGUGUGUGUGUGUGUGUGUGUGUGCGCACGUGUGUGCAUGGUGCCUGCGAAUCCCCCCCUGCCCAGUGUAAUUUUCUAGUGUUCUUGUACAACUGUACCCUAGAUCACUGGGAAACUCAAGCUACUGUAAGGGAGCACUAACUCCAAACCAUUUUGUGUUCUCACUGGGGGCAGGGGCCAGGAGUGGGAAGCUUCCCGCUGGAAUGGAAGCACCUCAGUGAAAAAACAAUAUCUCAUGGGAUAGCAGGGCAUGACACACACCCUCUCCCCACACCCUAGCCACCUUGGAACUGUUAUUACUUCUUUUUCCCUUUAUGAAAGGAAACAUUUCUGGGUGACUCUGAUGUACUGGGGUUCUUGCACAAGAACACCAUGGAGGUGUCUGUGUGUGUGUCUGUGUGUGUGUGUGUGUGUAAAGAACCACAAAUUAUACCUCCUCUAGUAUACUAACUGGAAGGGAACACAGGCUUCCUGACUUCUGAAUCCCACCCCCUGCCAAACUCUUUCUGGGUACAGGGCAUAUAAACUCUUCUGUCCCCCACUGCAGAGCAUAAAACCUGCCAUUGACUGUGCAGUGGCUGAACCUUCCCAUUCUAGUGCACUGCUGUUAGAGCACUAGCACACAGGGCAAUUAAAAAAAAAAAUCAAUAUUAGAUGGAGCUCUGGACUGGAAGUAGACUGCAGAGUAUAGAACGGAAGUCUGUCCAGGAGUGGAAUUGAGAGGGGUAGCAGGCACUUCCAUACGGAUAGAUACAACUCCAUCUCACGGGUCUCUCCCACAUAGCUCUGCAAAAAUCCUGGAGUAUCCCACACUCCUAUUUUCAACACUUUCCAAAAGUACAACUUUUAAAGACACUUAUAUUAAUCAUUAAGGGGCAAUCAUCACGAAAAGCGGUAAAUAAUGCUGCUGGCUGUACGAACAAUAUGUUGCUGUUAUUGUGUGGAAGGCACUGUAAAUCCCUCCCCUGUCUGAAUCCCACUCACCCAAUCCUAAUUGCAGUGAAGUAUAGGAGUAAAUCACCAUUUGGAAAAUGGCUUACAGAGCUAGCCAAAGGUAUUUUGUUUUUAUCUCAUGUUUGAAUGUUGUGUUGUAAGCCACCCAGAGAACAAUUUAUUAUUGGGUGGCUAACAAAUAAAGUUGUUUUUAUUAUUUUAUUUUAUUUUAUUUUAUUUUGGUAUUUCCCCAUAAUAAUUAACAUGCACAGGCACAAUCUGGUGAGAAAGUUCUUUUCCUCAAGCCUAGUUUAAACAAGACUCUUGUGCUGCUCUAUUCAUUGCAGUGGGGCUUGUGCAAGAGAACUUUCCAGCAAACUGGGCCACAGGUCAGGUAUCUCUGCUGCCCAUACUAUUACCUGAAGUGGGAUGUCUCACUUUGCUUCAUGGUAGAGUCAUGUCUGGCAGAACACAUGAUGAAAUUUGCUCCUUACCACCAGAAGCAGUCAAAGCCAAGUCAGUGGUUUUUCAUGUGAUUGUAACUCCCAAGUUAAAUAAGGUUUCCAUAUGCAUAACAGGCUAUUCAUAUUGGACACACAUGAAUGCCUCAUCAAAUUGCAGCAAUUAGUGUAAUAAAGGCAUCUAUCACAUACUGUAUCUUGACUAUUACUGCCAUUGUGAUUUUCUGUUUCCGUUAUAAAGCAUUUCUUAUUAGCAUGUCAGACAGCAGAUAAUGGCCAAAUGAGUUUGACUGUUAUAUGUGAUUAAAACCAGUUGUGUUGA